AUGCAGUCCUCCCCUGGAAUGUUGACCAAGUUCGAGUCCAAGUCAUCGAGAGUGAAGGGAAUUGCCUUUCACCCCAAGCGACCAUGGAUCCUCGUCUCCCUCCACUCGUCCACUAUUCAGCUGUGGGAUUACCGCAUGGGAACUCUCAUCGAUAGAUUUGAAGAGCACGAUGGACCUGUUCGAGGUAUCGAUUUCCACAACACUCAGCCUCUCUUCGUCUCUGGUGGCGAUGACUACAAGAUCAAGGUCUGGUCCUACCAGUCCCGACGCUGCCUAUUCACCCUGAACGGCCACCUCGACUAUAUCCGAACCGUCUUCUUCCAUCAUGAGCUCCCGUGGAUCAUUUCCGCCUCGGAUGACCAGACCAUCCGUAUAUGGAACUGGCAAAACCGCUCUUUGAUCUGCACAAUGACAGGCCACAAUCACUAUGCCAUGUGCGCCCAGUUCCACCCUAAAGAGGACCUUGUCGUCUCCGCAUCGCUCGACCAGUCUGUCCGCGUCUGGGACAUCUCCGGACUCCGAAAGAAACACUCGGCCCCGACAUCCAUGAGCCUCGAGGACCAGAUAGCCCGUGCCAACCGUGAACAGGCCGACAUGUUCGGCAACACCGAUGCUGUUGUCAAGUUUGUUCUCGAGGGACACGAUCGAGGCGUUAAUUGGGUUUCCUUCCACCCUACCAUGCCCCUUAUCAUCUCCGCUGGCGACGACCGUUUGGUGAAGCUUUGGCGCAUGUCUGAGACCAAGGCCUGGGAAGUCGACACGUGCCGCGGCCACUUCCAGAAUGUCGAAGGCUGCUUGUUCCACCCCCACCAGGAUCUGAUACUGUCUGCCGGCGAGGAUAAGACAAUCCGCGUCUGGGACUUGAACAAGCGCACUGCUGUCCAGUCGUUCAAGAGGGAGAGCGAUAGGUUCUGGGUAAUUGCUGCCCACCCCGAGAUCAACCUCUUUGCCGCGGGCCACGAUAACGGUGUUAUGGUCUUCAAGCUGGAGCGUGAGCGUCCCGCGUCGGCCACCCACCAGAAUCAGCUCUUCUAUGUCACCAAGGAGAAGACUGUCAAGGCCUAUGACUUCCAGAAGAAUGCCGAGAGCCCUACUCUGCUAUCACUCAAGAAGCUGGGUAGCCCCUGGGUAGCCCCCAGGACUCUGUCCUACAACCCGGCGGAGAGAUCCAUUCUGGUUAUCUCGCCAACUGACGGCGGCUCGUACGAGCUUGUGAACCUUCCCAAGGACGGAUCGGGUGCCAUUGAGCCUACAGAAUCGAAGCGCGGCUCGGGAACCUCUGCCAUCUUUGUCGCUAGGAAUCGCUUUGCCGUCUUGAAUACCAGCACCCAGGUUAUCGACAUCAAGGAUCUGUCAAACAACAUCACUCGGUCUUUCAAGCCCCCGCCGGGCACUACAGACAUCUACUUCGGAGGAACCGGUAACCUGCUCAUCAUCACCCCCACUGCUGUUCACCUAUACGACAUUCAGCAGAAGAAGAGCACCGCCGAGCUUGCCGUGAACGGGGUCAAGUAUGUGGUCUGGUCUAACGACGGCCUUUACGCUGCCCUGUUGAGCAAGCACAACGUCACCAUUGUCACAAAGACUCUCGAGCAGGUUAGCUCUCUCCAUGAGACAAUCCGUAUCAAGAGUGCCACGUGGGACGAUGCCGGUGUCCUUCUCUACUCGACCUUGAACCACGUCAAGUACACUCUCCUCAAUGGCGAUAAUGGCAUUGUCCGCACCCUCGACCAGACCGUUUACCUUGUUCGUGUCAAGGGACGCAACGUCUACUGCCUGGACCGCUCAGCCAAGCCCAGGGUCCUGCAGAUUGACCCUACUGAGUACCGUUUCAAGCUAGCUCUGGUCAAGCGGAAUUACGAGGAGAUGCUUCACAUCAUCCGCACAUCAAGUCUUGUCGGACAGUCUAUCAUCUCGUACCUGCAAAAGAAGGGCUACCCGGAGAUUGCAUUGCAGUUUGUUCAGGACCCCACCACCCGCUUCGAUCUUGCCAUUGAGUGUGGAAACCUGGAAGUAGCUGUGGAGAUGGCCAAGGAGCUGGAUCGCCCUGUCUUCUGGACGAGGUUGGGUACCGAGGCUCUUGCCCAUGGUAACCAUCAAGUUGUCGAGAUGAGCUACCAGAAGCUCAAACAGUUCGACAAGCUCUCCUUCCUUUACCUCGCCACCGGUGACCACUCGAAGUUAGCUAGGAUGGCUAAGAUUGCUGAGCACCGUGGUGACUUUACGUCGCGCUUCCAGAACGCUCUGUACCUAGGAGAUGUCGAGGACCGUAUUCAGAUGUUCAAGGAGAUUGACCUCUACCCCCUGGCGUACAUGACUGCCAAGUCUCAUGGACUGGAGGAAGAGUGCCAGGCUAUCCUCGAGGCUACCGGCCUUACUGAGGACCAGAUCUCCGUGCCCAAGCUUGGAGAACCUCUGGCGCCCGGGAAGCCGGUUGUGCCCACGUACAAGGCCAACUGGCCCACGAAGGCUGGCUCGCAGUCGUUCUUCGAGAAGGCCCUCCUCGGACAGGUCGAAGGACUGUCGCUGGAUGACGAGCCUGCCGCUAACGGGAUACACGAUGAGAUGGAAAUUGACGGUGCCACCAAGGCCAGCGGAGCUCUUGUGGACGACGAUGAGGAUGCAGCCGGAUGGGACCUUGGUGACGAUGCGGUCCCUGAGGUGGAGAGCGACUUUGUCAACGUCGAUAGCGCCGAGGCAGGUGGUGCCGGCAGUAGUGAGGCUGACCUCUGGGCACGCAACUCGCCGCUUGCGGUGGACCAUGUGGCCGGAGGCUCGUUUGAGUCUGCCAUGCAGCUACUGAACCGCCAAGUCGGCGCCGUCAACUUCGCGCCGCUCAAGCCUCGCUUCCUUGAAGUCUACCAGUCCUCCAAGACGUUCCUCCCCGCGUCGGCAGGCCUCCCUCCACUCAUCAAUUAUGUCCGCCGCACCCUGGAUGAGACAGAUCUACGCCAGGUCCUCCCCAUUGUUCCCCGCGACCUGGAGCAGCUGGCCGCCAACGACCUUCAAAAGGGAUACGACUCUAUGAAGACGAACAAGCUCGAAGAUGGUGUCCAAAUUUUCAAGGGCAUCCUGCACGCCAUCCUCGUGAACUCUGUAUCGAGCGAGGAUGAGGCCGCAGAGGCAAAGAAGCUGAUCACUUCCGCCAGCGAAUAUACAGUGGCCAUGGGCAUCGAGCUAGCCAGGAGGAAACUGGGAAGCGCCGAGGAGGUGGCCAAGAACCCCGAGGCCCUGAAGAAGAGCUUGGAGCUCUCGGCUUACUUCACCAUCCCCAAGAUCGAGGUGCCGCAUCGCCAGCUGGCUCUCCUGAGCGCCAUGCAGCUGGCCAUGAAGAAUAAGAACUACAACUCGGCCCUCAGCUUUGCCAACCGUAUCAUCGCCAACGGAGGAUCCGGCAAGAUUGUUGAGAACGCCAAGGCCAAGAAGGCUCAGUGCGAGCGCAAUCCACACGAUGCCUUGGAAAUCGAGUUUGACCACUUUGCCGAGUUCGAGGUCUGCGCUGCCAGCCACACGCCCAUCUACAGCGGAACGGCGUAUGAGGAAUGCGCCUUUGACGGGUCCAAGUACCACACCAAGUACAAGGGCAGCGUUUGCAGGGUGUGCGAGGUUUGCGAGAUUGGAAAGCAUGGUAGCGGCCUGAAGCUUUUCGCCUAG